AUAUAUAUAAUGGCGACGCUCACACUUUCUUCCCUCCUUCUACUCAUCGGCCUCUCCAAUGCCUCACCGUCCGACAAGCGCGGCUUGGUCUUCACCCCCAACAAUGACUUUCCUCAGGACAACCAGAUCUGGGUCCAAUCCGGCAGCGACCUGACAUGGUACUACAACUACCAAUCCCAGCCCUCUCCAGCCUACACCUCUCUCUCACAGGAGCAGUUCGAAUUCGUGCCCAUGAUGUGGGGAGUCACGGACAACCUCAACGACACGACGUUCCUAGACCAAGUCACAACCCUCAUCAAGCAGGGCACCAACAUCACGCACGUCCUAGGCUUCAACGAGCCCGACGGCUCAACCGGCACCGGCGGAAGCGCCAUCGAGCCCCGAGAUGCCGCGCAAGCAUGGGUUGCCAACUUCGAGCCGUUGGGGAAGCAGGGCGUGAAGCUGGGGCUGCCGGCGUGCACGGGCGGACCGGGCGGACUGCCGUGGUUGAAGCAGUUUCUGGCGAAUUGCUCGGAUAUCGUGAGUGAGGGGAGUAAGACGAGGAGGAACUGCACGUGGGAUUUCCUGCCUGUGCAUUGGUAUGAUAACUUUGCUGGACUGGCGUCUCAUAUCGGAGAGAGGAGGGCGACAUGGCCUGAUGCUGAUAUCUGGGUGACGGAGUACGCCUUUGCAAACCAGGACCUCCAGACGACGCAGCAGUUCUUUAACCAGACGCUCGACUACUUUGGAAAGCUGGAUUACAUUGCUCGGUACACUUACUUUGGCGCCUUUCGCUCCAAGGCGUCCAACGUGGGACCGAAUGCCUCGUUUCUGAAUAAUGCCGGCAAGUUGACGGAUAUUGGAUCGUGGUAUCUUGGGUUUGGCGCAACAAACGUCAAGCCUACUAGCGCAGCAUCAAGAGAGAUGGCGUCUGCUUUGAUCAUUGGGGGGGUUGUAUCGAUGGUUGCUUUGAUGAAUGCAAUGUUGUAGAGGGUUUGAUUUUGAUGCAGAUGAGUUGUUGUUGGAAUCAUGAGGGCAUAUAAUGAAUACUGGAAAUGAAGCGUCAGCACAUACACGCACACGAUGGAA